CGAAAACUGUUGCAUGGCAGGUUUCGAUUUGAGCAAAGCAAAAACCAGCCUUAAUGUCAUUAGGAGUUCAAUGAAAAGACUUGACUAAUGGUUUGGUUUGGUUCUGUUGGAUUGUGGUUUAGAUGGUUUAAGACGGGUUACAAUGACUGACUCGAUUAAUGCUCUGCUUUCAUUGGCGUUGACUGGCUAAUUACAACUUCCAGCCCUCCAUGCCAUGUCUGCUAUCGAAUGAAAGACUUACCGAUGUCAGCUUUUCCCGGGCAGACGGCCUCAAACCUCUCUCCAUCGGCAACGUCUCAACCGGCCACGGGCAGCUUCUCAAUUAUCCUUGGAUACUCUGACAGACAGACAGACAGACAAACAAACAAACAAACAAUAUCAGCAACCCCCAGACCCACAAGCAACCGCCGUCUCACCUCUUCGCAACCAGUCCUCCACUCCACCACUCCGCCCUCAACUUCUCAACGCCCAGCAGACCCGAUAUCGACCUCUCAACCUCCUCCCACGCAACAACUCCUUCCCUCACCCCAGACCAACGACCCCAGACUUCCCCAGACUUCCCCAGACGAUCGAAUUGCUGUCUCCAGGCAAACGAAUUCUCCACUUCCUUCCUGCAAACCCACAACUUUCGAAUCUCGAAUCCCCGAAAGCCAGAAGGAACAGUUUUAGCUCUCCACCCGCAACGUCUCCCCCCCCUCAGC